CCCCUGCCUGGCCACACUGGCGAUGUGGUGUGACCAAAUUCGUGCUCGCUCCGCGAGUCGCCGUCAAAAAACAACUGUGAAAUUGCACAAGAAACUAAACAAAUAAUCGCGUAAAAUUACCGAAAACAUGUGCAGCGGCCGUUAGCAGCGUGCGGCAACUAAUCGAGCCAGUGAAAACGUGCAGCUGACAUACGCAUACAAAGCCCAUCCAGUUGCCACCCCCUACUUCUUGCACCUGUAAAGAACAGGUGACUAAUACACUGCUCGCGAAGUUUGUCAGCUGCUGGCGCCGUGGAAGCAACAACAACAAAACUAACCACAUCCACAUCGGCAACAACAACAUCGGCUUUCUACAGAGCAGCGACGUCGGCGUCGGCAGAGGCCUCUGCCUGCACAACACCAGCAACAAUAAAAUCAAAAACUAAAACUAUGGCCACCACCACCACAACAACAACAACAACGGGGGCAACAAAUGCUAAAGAUGGCGUCACAAUGCGCGAGAAAAAGGGAGGAGCCCUUCAGAAGCUCAAGAAGAGACUUUCGCACAGCUUCGGCAGAUUAACAAUUUCCCGCGAAGAUGGCGACGAGUCGACGCACCACCAUCACCACCACCAUCAUCAUCGCGGUGGACAUGGCGGGCACCACAACCACGGUAACAAAGUUCCAUACAACGGCUACAAUUCGGAGGAAUACUUGGACCGACUCGAACCGAAUGGCAAUAUACCCGCUGACAAGACAAAUUGCAGAUAUGGAGACUGGCGCAGCACGGACAGCACCGACCACCACGAUCGCGUCCAGAGACAGCUUUCCGUGUCCUCCGACAGCAAGUUGCUCGACGAGGACAUUCGCGAGGAGAUGAAGUACCAUUCGCACGUGGUCAUGCGUCCCAAGAAGCCGCCCAGACCCAAAUCCGAGGUCUUUCUGAACAAACAGGAAACGCAUCCGCGCCGGAAACGAUUCAGUGCAUUUGGUGGCGACUCCCCAUUUGGCAAGCAGGAGGCCUAUGUUAAACUCGAGCCGCUGGGCGAAGGCUCCUAUGCGACGGUCUACAAAGGAUUUAGCAAAUUAACCUACCAGCGGGUGGCGCUGAAGGAGAUUCGCCUGCAGGAGGAGGAGGGAGCACCCUUCACCGCGAUUCGCGAGGCCUCGCUGCUGAAAGAACUGAAACACAGCAACAUCGUCACGCUGCACGACAUUGUCCACACGCGCGAGACGCUGACCUUUGUCUUUGAAUAUGUGAAUACGGAUCUGUCGCAAUACAUGGAGAAGCAUCCGGGCGGCCUGGAUCAUCGCAACGUGCGCCUGUUCCUCUUCCAGCUGCUCCGUGGACUCUCCUACUGCCACAAGCGGCGUGUCCUCCAUCGGGAUGUCAAGCCGCAGAACCUGCUUAUUAGCGACUGCGGCGAACUGAAGUUGGCCGAUUUCGGACUGGCCAGGGCCAAGAGCGUGCCCAGCCACACCUACUCCCACGAGGUGGUCACGUUAUGGUACCGCCCUCCAGAUGUCCUGCUGGGCAGCACGGAGUACUCGACCUCGCUGGACAUGUGGGGCGUGGGCUGCAUCUUCGUGGAGAUGGUGACCGGGAUGCCGACGUUUCCGGGCAUACGUGAUACCUACGAUCAGCUGGACAAGAUAUUCAAAUUGCUGGGCACGCCCACCGAGGACACGUGGCCGGGAGUCACCCACUUUCCCGGCUACAAGCCACACAAGCUGGGUUUCUAUCGACCACGGAAACUGGGUCACAACUUCCCACGGCUAUACGACAUCAUCGAGGGCGAGACGAUAGCUAACGGCUUCCUGCAACUGAAUCCGGAGCAGCGUUUGGGCGCCGAUGAUGCACUGCAGCAUCCGUACUUUGCGCAGUUGCCAAAGAAACUCUACGAAUUGCCAGACGAAACCUCAAUUUUCACCGUGGAAGGCGUGCAGCUUUACACGGAGCCAAAUCGACAGAAUAAAUGAAAAUUAAAGCAAGUCCUCUCUGUGGAUGGCGUACGUUUCUACUGUUAGGAUCCAAAUCACCCAAUCAACAUCCUCCUGGACUAUCAAUCUGUCAAUCAACCUAUCGCAUCAUCCAGCAAUCGACAGCCAUAUAUAAUGCAAGAGGAACUUCUCGCCCGCGCAGAAGUUUUGUACUAUAAUUCUAUGAUACUUUUUAGUUAUUAGUUCGAUUUCGCAGUGAGUUAGCUGAGGGAGUUUAGCAGAAGACACGGCACCAACGGCAGCAUUUUAUUUUCAGUCAAAUUGCUUAAAGUUAGUUUAGAUUUCUGUAGAUUUCUCGCCAUCCUGCAGCCGCGUCGUAAAGGAUACUCAGUUUAGUCAAAGCGCAGACACGUUUUUCUGUAUUCUUUUGUAAGCUAACAAAAAUUUACAUUUAAUGGUAGCUUUUAGUGAGUGAAUUGCCUCUGUGGAUUACGCAAUAUUUUCGAUUGCAAUGAGUGAGAGAUAAUCAUCAUGAUGUUUGAUAUGCUCGUGUGUAUUUCGUUUUCAUUAUUUUUUCCUUUAGUUUUUAUUCGAUAUUUUCUACGCGAAUGUUCGACUGCGGAGUGUUGAUUAAAAUUGCAAAUAUAAAUUCAAUUGGUUACUGCUUUAAUAGAGUGCAAUUAAUAAAAAUUAAUGAAUUGGCGGCAAUGCGCCAAAAAAAAAAAAUGAAUCAAUUAAUCAAAUAAUGAUGUGCUCAAAAGGUGUACGAUUAUUUCCAAGCAAUUACUCAACUUAAAAUUAUGCACAUUUUCAAAUUAAGACUUGUUUAGUUCUGCUCACAGCUCCUUUUAAUUGUUGGAUUGUAUAAUUUUGUAACGUUUCCUUUGUCAUUUUAAAAUAUAUCAGUUCGCCGCGCUGUUUAAGUGAUAAUUUUAUAACUAUUAAAUGAAUUUAUGUAAAAAGCAAGUAAAUCAAUUAUUAACAAUAUGUAAAACAAUAAAUUUAAACCAUUUAUACAAUUUAUGUUUGAUUUCGUUUUUUAUCUUUUUAUUUUAAGUUUUAAGUUUUUGGUUCUUUCCACAGAUUUGCUGACGUGCGGAUGAUGAUUAAAUUCCUAGAAACAUUUAGUCAAAAAUCAAAGGUCGGGAGGAAGGCUGACGGAUCAUAAAUCAUAACAUUUUCGAUGCAAACUUAAGCGAAUAGAUAAACAAUUUAACUAGCAAAGAACGCAAAAUAGUAGAAUCAAAUUUUUAGCAAUCAACCAAAAGUAAAUUCGAAAUAAAAUAGCCAUCAACUAAACACUAAAGUAACCUAACCAAGUAUUUUACAUAGAGUUCGUAGCGAGAAGUAUCGAAACCAAGCCCAAUCCAUUUCCAUAAUCUAAGAAACGUACCGUAUUUGGCCAAAACGAGAGGACGCCCGCCGUAUUCGGGUUCCACAAAUCUUAAAGAGAAGUUCAAAUGAGAGCUAACAAAUGUGCAAAUUGAAAUCAAAGACACUUCACAUGGUUUUGAAACAAGUAAAUGAAUCAAAAACGAUUUGAGUAGAGGAAACUAAUGCGUAGAACAAAAUAUAUUAUGAAUAUCGUAAAAAUCUAUGAGAAAGACGAGCCAAUUUGAGUUGUAGGCAAUCAAAUUGCUAAGAUUCUCUGAUUAAGACAUGAUUAUAAGGAGAUAUCAAGCCCGUUAAGUUAGUUGAUACUUAAAUAGCUCGAACAAAACUCGAUUAGGGCCACGUUUUAAUAGCGCUCCAAAACCAGAUUAUAUUUUGUAGCAAAAGUAAAAGUCAAAUUUAAACAAUGGCGAAUGGAAAACCAAAUAUUUCAAAUGAAUAAACUUUUUCUGUGAUUUAUGAAAAAAGUAUGCAAAAACACACACUGAAAUACACUACAGCAAGGUAAACACAACACAAAGUAAACAAAAACUUAAUAAAGAUAAAGAAUUAGGCACUUUAGAAAACAAACGUAGCAGCUGGCCAGCAAAAUUGUUUAGAAUUGUUUGCUAGCCAAGAAGAGCAGUACAUUAAAGUGAAACAAAAUUUUGCACGCACUCGAAAUUUGGCGAUUAGGAUGUUUAUGCAUUCUGCUAUUUUUAGUUCUCUGCGAAUUUUACCCAAUUAAUUAUUGGAUCGCAACACAAAAGGUAACGAAGCAUGGCAACGCACUUUUGCACUUUUCCCAUCCCGAAGGUUACGUCCAUAGUUUAUAAGCCAAUGAGCCAAUGGAACAAAUCGAAUCGAACGAAAUUAGCGAAGAUUGAACUGGUUUUCGUUAUCGUUUCCGUUUCCGUUAAAUGCAAUUUUAUCAGGCAAACGCAAAUGACAUUUUCCGAGACAACUCUAAUUGAUUAUUUUGCACAACAUUCAAGAUGAGCAAAUUCAAGCAGGCAAAUGAUAUUGGAGAAAACUAAGCUAAUCCCUAACGUAAUCGAAACGAGUAAAUAACUAAGAAUGUUUUUAGCGGAUCGUAAUCUAUAUAGUAGCUAAGCGCGGGGCAAUUCCUCCCUCGAAACCCCGGGAACGAAAGGUAAAAAAACAUUUAACUGGAGGGCUGGAACGAUGAGAAACUUAAAUAAUUUUAAUGCAUUGAAUUUGUCGUAAAUAUAUUUAAUGUACCUUUGUUAAAAACAAAAUAAAUCUAUUAACACAAAUUACGAACUCUCGAUGCAGAUAGGCGAUAGUUUAGAUGGAGCAUGCAAUUUUUAUGUUUACCUCGUAAGCAUUUUUGUAUAGUUAAACGAAAAACUGGGUGCGGCCCACAAACCCCCACAAAUAAGAAUGAAAAUUUUGUAAAUAUUUGUAGUUGAUUUCUAAGUAGCGAAAGACGAACAAAACAAUAUUCGGCAAGAGUAACAAACACGAUGGGUAUAUUUAAAGUGGAAAAAUAUUGAAUGUUUAUUAUUUAACAAAUGGAUGGCAACUAAAUACAAUUUGAAUAAGUUCAACCUGUACAAUAAUUUAAUAUUAAAUAAAAAGCGGCCAAGGCCAAUGAAAAGU